UUAAAAAUAAAAUGUUCAAAUUUGCCUUCCCGACAUUCCGUUUUGCCGCUUCAAGUUCCCGGAUUCUAACGUGAAGCAGUAUGUCUGAGGAGCAGCAGUUACAAAACAAGAGUGGCGACAGCCCCGGAGAAGGAGCCGGUGACAACAAAGACAAAGAAAAGGAAUACAUCAAGCUCAAAGUAGUGGGCCAGGAUGGCAGUGAAAUCCACUUCAAGGUGAAGAUGAAUACACAGAUGGGGAGGUUGAAGAAGUCUUACAGCGACAGACAAGGUAUUCCCUUAAAUUCACUACGGUUUCUUUUCGAUGGAAGAAGAAUAAACGAUGAUGAGACGCCAAAACAGCUUGAAAUGGAUGACAGUGAUUGUAUAGAGGUAUAUCAAGAACAGACAGGUGGAUUAAAUUAAAGGAGCCGUCUGGAUGGAAAAAAGAACAAUAAGACAAUUGGAUCCUUGUGCAUCCGUCAGUAAAUAAUAGACAAAGUGUCGUACAUGGAUAAAUAUUGUACAUAGGCAUAUAUAUCAUAUUAUUGCUCCAUGUUCAGUAGAUAUAUAUAUAUCUUCAAAAGCACAUCACGGUGACCAGAUUGAAGGUAAUCAUUAAAGAUGGGACAGAUGGAGCAAGUCACAGUGAAGUGAUGGGAGAAAGAAAUGUAUAUAUGGACACAGCAGAUGGCGAAUUGCAAGGGAGAGGUUACUUUAAGGGAAAAGGAAGGACCCCAUGCAAGUGUUAAUUUUUAAACAGGACUGGAUUUGUUUUUUUUUUUUUUUUUUUUGUAGAUUUGUAACAUGGGAUGGAACAGCUUUUUUCAUAACUCAAUGAACUACAUUUAAAAAUAAAAAGGUAAAAAUCAACAGAAAUGAUAACUGUACAGCGAAAACGAACAGCAGUAAUUGAAAAUCAACACUGUGUGAAUUGAGAAAUGGACACCCAGUGGAUUUCUCCUUAAGCUGCAGCUCAUAACAUUUCCAAAUUUGAAGCCAGAGAACUGGCGGCUGCAACAUUUGGAUGAGCAUGUACAUUGCAGUUGUGCCAUUAUACUGUUUGUAAUGUUUUAGAGAGAAAAACUGUCUACAGACUGCGUUACAAGAGAAUUCAUUUUCUGAGCAUGAAUUUGUCAAUUAAGAUUAAUGUAAAUUUUUUUACUUCAAGCUCUGUCAAACCCAUCUUUACAUUAACAGGCCUCCACUGUGAGUGUAUUAAGGCAUUAAUGAAAUUUAAUCAGUGUUGGUGCACGAACACACCCAGAUUGUACUAAAAAAUAUCAUGACCCACCCCAAUUUGUAUUGAGAGCUGCAUUAUGGUCACAUCUGUAUGUGCAGCUCAGCCUUAAAUGGUGAGACGGUCUUAUGAAUAUAAUUUCAGCAGCAGUCUGUUUGUAAAUGGACACUUUUUCAAUAGUUGAUGAUGGAUAGAUUUCCAUGAUAUGGACUCUCAAUGGUUAUGAGAAAAGAAGGGCACUUGUUGCAGAGAAACGAUGUUGAAGUCGUGAAUUUUCAUUGAUAUUGUAUGGCUGCAGAAUUGAUUUGUUGUUGCCGAAACCCCUUAUAGGAAGUCUAGACACAAAUCUUGUUGAGUGAAAACACCUCCCUCAUACAAUUUGAGUUGAACAUCCUGUACUCUCGUAGUGGGGACUUGAGAAUCUUGAACAACUUAAUGUCUCUUAUUUGUAGUUUUAGGAAAUUUUCCUUUUCUUUUAGUUUGAGAAAGGCAGGGUUUUAGAACAGGACCACAAGGAAAAAGAAAGAAAUAUGUUUGAAAACGUUAUGGCAGACACUUUUAAUAAGUUACAUGGGGGAGGCAGAUAACACUUUAAGUUCAAAUUUCCUCACAAAAUGUAAGAAUUAAAUCAGUUGUAAGGAGAUUAUUCAUUUCCACGGAAUAAAAGAAUUUAUGCUUUACCAAAGUCAAUAAAUGUAGUUUACGAAAAGGACAAUUUUAAGAUCCUAAAAUUGUAUAGACGUUGUAAUUUCUUUUAUCAAUAAACAUAUUAGCCAUA